AUGGCGGCAGCGCACACCCGGGCGAGCCCCAAUUCUGCAGCUGAAUGUGACAACCCACGCGGGUCAAUUGGCGCGCUUGUGCGUCUAAAGGCAACCUACUGUCACAUAGUGGUUUGCGUGCAGUUGCAAUGUAUCUGCAGUGUUAAAAGUUGCAAAGUUUUUGGGAGAUACAUCUGUUCUCUGAAAUAUAACUUUGCACUGUGUUUCUAUUUGUUGUGGAAUUAUUGGAGGGAUGGAGGAAACGCUUACCUUUUGAAAGAGGCAGGUCAAUCCCUCAAAAGAUGGUUCGGCGCAUCAGAGCUGCGAGGUGGAAGACUUUUGGUACAAGCCCAGCGAGGAAGAGGAAGCUCUGUACGGCACAUCACCCCCCUACACCUCCCGGCAGAUGAAAGGCAUGUCGGGAAAACACCAGAACAGCCAGGCCAGGUCGGCUGGACGCUCCCCGUUGGACACUCUCCUAACAAGAUAGACAAUCAGCCAACCCCCUCCAGUCCAUCCCAGCCCCAGAGAGAGAGUGAGCCUAACCCCUACAGGCCUAUAGAGGGGGCUGAGCGAGACCGUGAGAAGGACCCCCCAGAGGCUGAGCAACAUAACUACAAGUUGGGUAAGAAACAGACCGACCCUUCUGAGGGGAUCCAAAUAAACGUAAACAAAGCAACCGAGGAGCACCAACACAACUAUAAGCAGGGUAAAAGACAACGCGCCACCCUGCGUUCCAGCGAGGGAGACCACAAGAAGACCUUUGAAGGUUCCUUCAUGCUGGACCCGCUCUCCAAGACCUCCAGCCCCUUCGGUGGAGGCUCAGCCCUGAACAUGGACCCCAGGAAACCCUACCUAUCGCUGGGGUGUGGCAGCGGCAAGCUCCCUGUCACUAUACCCCACCCCAUGGCCCACCGCACCCACCGCCAGACCUCAAGGACAGACUGCCCUGCAGAUAGACUCAAGUUCUUUGAGACGCUGAGGUUGUUAUUGAAGCUGACUUCCAUGUCGUCCAAGAAGAAGGAGAAGGAGCAGCGAGGUCUGGAGAACUCAGCCUUCAUGGGCCAGAACAACGAGGUGGUGUGGCUGGAGCUCCAGGCGUGGCACGCAAGACGCUCCGUCAACGACCAGGAUCUGUUCCUGUUCACGGCUCGACAAGCAAUCCCAGACAUCAUCAACAAGGUGCUCCACUUUAAGGUGAAUUACCACAGCCUGAGCCCCAGCACCGUGGGUCUGGGACAACUGACCCUGGGGGUGUGUGUAGGACAACCAGGUAUGGUUGGAUCAGGGGCAUCUCCUGGCCAGGGAGCCCAGAGGACACUAGUGUUAACAGAGCCUUGCUGUGGAGGCCCAGACCAGGGUCCCAAACAGAGGUCUCCAACCCAGGCCUCAGAGACUGUUUCUGGGGAGGAGAGGGAUUUUAACCAGCCUGCUGCUGUUGGAGCCCCAGAGACGAACCAAAAUCACUUUGCUUCAGUUGACCCAUGGGGCUUCAGCGCCUGCCCUUCCUCGGCAGUAGACGCAGCGGCGCCCCUGGGCUCCGGGGCGGGGUGCAGGGAGCACCUCCAGCGCCAGCGGCUGGCCUUCGAACAGGUUAAGCGGGUGAUGGAGCUGCUGGAGUCGGUGGAGGCAUUGUACCCGUCCCUGCAGACCCUCCAGAAGGACUAUGAGAAGUACGCAGCCAGGGACUUCCAGGGCAGGGUGCAGGCACUCUGUCUCUGGCUCAACAUCACACAGGAUCUGAACCAGAAACUUUGUGUUAUGGCGACUGUCCUCGGCCUCAGGGACCUUUCCCGUAUCGGCUGGCCAGUCUUCGAGAUCCCCUCGCCACGCUGUUCCCGUGGCAACGACGAGGAAGACGAGGAUGAAGAAGACGAGGAGAAUGACUCCACGGCAACCUUCACUGCCGGUGACAGCGAUGGAGAGGACAGGGACCUAGUGGGGGAGGAGGGGGAAACUGGUGAGCCCAGAGGGGUGAAACGACAACUGAGCCGGGAGAAGAUGAACUCUCCCCCUGUUUGA